AUGACGCCUCCGUGCCGCUCAUUCCCCGCCUCGGAGCUGCCUCUUCGGAUCCAGCAGGAUGCCUCUGGCCGCCGCCGGAAGCUCGACGACGCGGGCGCCGUGUCGCGCAGGAUCGAUCUCUCGGCGUGCGAGCUCUUCCGGAUGCUGCAGUACAAGUGCGAGGUGCAGCGGCCACUGACGCGCGAGAGUCCCGUGCGGUGCUUUGCUGUUGACCGGCUGUUUCGAAGGUGUAAGGACAAAAAGGGCGUGUUUACUGUAGAGACGACGGCUUGGGAAGGGGAGAGGACGCGAGCGGACGGCAGCAGCUCGGAGGGCACCGGGGCGAAAGAGCCGCCGAAGCCGCACCAGUGGUCGUCGAGCUGGCACGAUGCCGACGAGGCAGCGCCGUGA